AAAAAAAAAGGUAUUAGGUUUCUGAUUUCUUUCUGCCACCUAAAUUUUCAACUUUAAAAUUGUAUUAUGCUCCACUGUGAUUAAUUUUAACUCUGUGUCAAAAGUGAUUAUUGUCAGUGUUUUUAAAUGCACUCCUGCAUGAUUUAAUGCUGUUGGUACCACGAUCUGAGCAACGUAUGUCCAUUUUUAUCUCUCUAUAUAUAAACUUAUUUCCCCAAAGCCUUGAUCAAGGUUACAACCUGCCCAACUCCAACCUGUAUCCUGUCUGUACACCUCUGGUUUAAUGAACUGUGUGGAUGAAUGAUGAAUAGUCAAACUGAUGAGUGUCUAUGUAAUCCCAUCAAGGCAUGUGACGCGACAGGCUGUAUCAUUAGAUUUGAAACUACCAUUAGUCUCUCAGCAUAAGUGCAAUCAGACCAUAUGGAGAGGAGAGGGGCAGCACAUCUUUUACAGGACAGAUUCCCUCAAAGGUUUGGCCGUCCCACAUUGUUGACCACGUUUUGAGGUCAUGAAAACUCUGGUAUGAGAAUGAGUGAAAGUCUCCAUCUGAGUGAUAAUGAACAAGGCAGCAGUGUAUUGCCACAGAGUUGUUUCUUUGUCUAACUCAGACUGAACCCCUGCUCUAAUCUGGGUUAUCUGGCUGUAAUCAGCUUAGCCCACUGCUACUCUCACUGGUUCUGCUGCUGCUGCUGCUGGGUGGGCACUUUCUGUAGCUUUAGUCUGCUUUUGUCCUCACUGCCAUUCAGACAUACACCUGUUGACGGGUCUCAAGAGACUGACUUGAAGGGAAGUUCAGUUCACAGGUAGCAGAGCUCUGAGAACCACGACACUCAGUAUUGUUUUUGGGGUGUCCUGUCUAAAACCUGGCCAUGGCUGAACGUCAAGAGAUGACUUCAACUGAGGGGACACCUGCUGCAGACGCAUACCCCAGGAAAAUACUGGAGUAUAUGGAAGGAUUCCUUAUCUCGAAGACGGUGUUUGCGUCCUGCGAGCUGGGUGUGUUUGAUGUGUUGCUGGGUGCAGAGCGCCCCCUGUCUGCAGAGGAGAUCAGUCAGGCGGUGGGUGCCAGUCUGGAUGGCACACAGAGACUGCUGGCUGCCUGCACAGGCCUGCAGUUGCUCAACACGCAGCAGGACCAAGGACGAGUGUUUUACAGUAACACAGAGCAGGCCAGUGUCUACCUGACGCGUUCCAGUCCAUUAUCUCUCUUCCAGUCCAUCCAGUACAACUCCAGAACCAUCUACCUCUGCUGGCACUACCUGACUGAUGCUGUCAGAGAGGGAAGAAACCAGUAUGAAAAGGCUUUUGGAGUCAGCUCUAAGGACCUGUUUGAAGCUCUCUACAGGUCUGAUGAGGAGAUGGUGAAAUUUAUGCAGUUAAUGAACUCCAUUUGGAACAUCUGUGGUGAAGACGUGAUCACGGCCUUUGACCUUUCGCCUUUCAAGGUCAUUUGCGACCUUGGAGGCUGCAGUGGAGCAUUAGCCAAGCAGUGCACGUCAGCCUACCCAGAAUGCACUGUGACGAUCUUUGACCUCCCCAAGGUGGUGCGUAUGUCGAGGGAACACUUUGUCAGCGAGGCUGACCAGAGGAUAAGCUUCCACCAAGGAGACUUCUUCAAAGACCCCCUGCCAGAGGCUGACCUCUACAUCCUUGCCAGAAUCCUACACGACUGGACAGACGAACGCUGCAUAGAGCUACUUAGUAGAAUCUACAAAGCCUGCAAUCCAGGAGGCGCUGUGUUGCUGGUGGAGGCGUUGCUCCAUGAGGACGGCUCCGGCCCGCUAACAGUGCAGCUCUACUCCCUCAACAUGCUGGUGCAGACGGAGGGCAGGGAGAGGACUGCCGCCCAGUACGCCGCCCUGCUUGCUGCUGCCGGCUUCACCAACAUCCAGCACCACCUCACUGGGAAGAUUUACGACGCUGUGCUGGGACACAAAGAGAUGUAA